GCUCCGGACGCCUGCUGUCGCUAUGGUAACGGCCAACGACUUCCGGAAGAAGAACGGCGGGCGGCGAGGGUCAUUCCCAGCCGCAACCUGAGUGGGCUGAGCGGGGAAGCGUAAAGGGGCAAGUUACCCGUCCUGGCGUUUCUGGGGUUCGCCUCGGAGGCUAGCCUCGGUGCUCUCGCAGGCUCGCUCGCUUCUGCAUCCCCUUUGCCGCCCGGAGCCAACUCUUAAGUUCUGGACGCCAGGCCUGAGGCAGUUCCGCCAUGGACUUCUCCAAGUUCCUGGCAGACGACUUCGACGUGAAGGAGUGGAUCAAUGCGGCCUUCAGGGCCGGCUCCAAGGAGGCGGCGUCCGGGAAGGCGGAUGGCCACGCAGCCACCCUGGUGAUGAAGCUGCAGCUGUUCAUCCAAGAGGUGAACCACGCCGUGGAGGAAACAAGUCACCAAGCUCUCCAGAACAUGCCCAAAGUGCUCCGUGAUGUUGAAGCCCUAAAACAGGAGGCAUCUUUCCUGAAAGAACAGAUGAUUCUUGUCAAGGAGGACAUUAAAAAAUUUGAACAGGACACAUCUCAAUCCAUGCAGGUGUUGGUAGAAAUUGACCAAGUGAAGUCCAGAAUGCAACUUGCUGCCGAAUCUCUUCAGGAAGCAGAUAAGUGGAGCACGUUGAGCGCUGAUAUUGAGGAGACAUUUAAGACUCAGGACAUAGCUGUGAUUUCUGCCAAGCUAACAGGUAUGCAGAACAGCUUAAUGAUGCUUGUUGAUACACCAGACUACUCAGAAAAGUGUGUGCACUUGGAGGCACUGAAGAACAGGCUGGAGGCCCUAGCCAGUCCGCAGAUUGUAGCGGCGUUCACCUCUCAGGCUGUAGAUCAGUCCAAAGUGUUUGUGAAGGUGUUUACUGAAAUUGACCGGAUGCCCCAGCUCCUGGCCUACUACUACAAGUGUCACAAGGUGCAGCUUUUAGCAGCCUGGCAAGAACUGUGUCAAAGUGACCUAUCCCUGGACUGGCAGCUUACCGGACUCUAUGACGCCUUGCUUGGUGCUUGGCACACACAAAUCCAGUGGGCUACACAGGUUUUCCAGAAGCCCCACGAGGUGGUAAUGGUGCUGCUGAUUCAGACCCUGGGGGCCCUCAUGCCCUCGCUGCCCUCCUGCCUCAGCAACAGCGUGGAGAGGGCAGGGCCCGAGCAGGAGCUCACCAGGCUGCUGGAGUUCUACGACGCCACCGCCCACUUCGCCAAGGGCUUGGAGAUGGCACUGCUCCCCCACCUACAUGAACACAAUCUGGUAAAAGUCAUGGAGCUGGUGGAUGCUGUGUAUGAUCCAUACAAACCCUACCAGCUGAAGUAUGGCGACAUGGAAGAGAGCAACCUCCUCAUCCAGAUGAGCGCUGUGCCUCUGGAGCAUGGGGAAGUGAUUGACUGUGUGCAGGAGCUGAGCCACUCUGUGAACAAGCUGUUUGGUCUGGCGUCUGCAGCCGUUGACAGAUGCAUCAGAUUCACCAAUGGCCUGGGGACCUGCGGCCUGCUGUCAGCCCUGAAGUCCCUCUUUGCCAAGUAUGUGUCUGAUUUCACCAGCACUCUCCAGUCCAUACGAAAGAAGUGCAAACUGGACCACAUUCCUCCCAACUCCCUCUUCCAGGAAGAUUGGACGGCUUUUCAGAACUCCAUUAGGAUAAUAGCCACCUGUGGAGAGCUUUUGCGGCAUUGUGGGGACUUCGAGCAGCAGCUAGCCAACAGGAUUUUGUCCACAGCUGGGAAGUAUCUAUCUGAUUCCUGCAGCCCCCGGAGCCUGGCUGGUUUUCAGGAGAGCGUCUUGACAGACAAGAAGAACUCUGCCAAGAACCCAUGGCAAGAAUAUAAUUACCUCCAGAAAGAUAACCCUGCUGAAUAUGCCAGUUUAAUGGAAAUACUUUAUACCCUUAAGGAAAAAGGGUCAAGCAACCACAACCUGCUGGCUGCACCUCGAGCAGCGCUGACUCGGCUUAACCAGCAGGCCCACCAGCUGGCUUUCGAUUCCGUGUUCCUGCGCAUCAAACAACAGCUGUUGCUCAUUUCCAAGAUGGACAGCUGGAAUACGGCUGGCAUCGGAGAAACCCUCACAGAUGAACUGCCCGCCUUUAGUCUCACCCCUCUCGAGUACAUCAGCAACAUCGGGCAGUACAUCAUGUCCCUCCCCCUGAAUCUUGAGCCAUUUGUGACUCAGGAGGACUCUGCCUUAGAGUUGGCAUUGCACGCUGGAAAGCUGCCAUUUCCUCCUGAGCAGGGGGAUGAAUUGCCCGAGCUGGACAACAUGGCUGACAACUGGCUGGGCUCGAUCGCCAGAGCCACAAUGCAGACCUACUGCGAUGCGAUCCUGCAGAUCCCCGAGCUGAGCCCGCACUCUGCCAAGCAGCUGGCCACUGACAUUGACUAUCUGAUCAACGUGAUGGAUGCCCUGGGCCUGCAGCCGUCCCGCACCCUCCAGCACAUCGUGACGCUCCUGAAGACCAGGCCUGAGGACUAUAGACAGGUCAGCAAAGGCCUGCCCCGUCGCCUGGCCACCACCGUGGCCACCAUGCGGAGUGUGAAUUACUGACCCCACCACACACUGGACCACCAAGAGAGCCAGGGCUGCUGUUUCGCGACUCACCAACACAGAUUUGCUCAGAAACUCUGCCCAAGAUUGGGCAGAAGUUACUUUAAAAAGACUUGGUUCGGCUGGGCACGGUGGCUCACGCCUGUAAUCCCAGCACUUUGGGAGGCCAAGCCAGAUGGAUCACGAGGUCAGGAGUUCGAGACCAGCCUGACCAACAUGGUGAAACCCCAUCUCUACUAAAAAUACAAAAAUUAACAGCAGAGCGAGACUCCGUCUCAAAAAAAAAAAAAAAAAAAAAAAGACUUGGUUCAUUUGUAUAAUCAAAAAUAGUUGUAAAUUAAAGAUGUAUUAUUUAUCAGAGAAGACUUUUUAGAUAAUUUUUUUAAAGGAUCAGAUCUUGAAAAUGGAAUAAAUAACUACUGUGAAAUGCAA